GACUAUGGAAUAAAGUUACAAUCUCGUCCAUCUUGUAACGAGGACUUGGGGAGAGUUACUCCAAAGGGUAGCUAGCUAGCCACUGACGGAGCAUAACACAAAUUUAAAAAUCUCUGCUAUGCAAUCAGGCGACUGGCAGUGGGAGAACGCCGCAGCUGGCGCCGUCGCGGGGUUCGCCACCGUCACAUAUUCCCAUCCCCUCGAUGUCGUCCGCACGAGGUUCCAAGUACACGAUGGGCGAACUGCGAGCCUUCCAACAUACAGGAACACCCCUCACGCUCUAUUCACCAUCGCUCGUCUCGAGGGCUUCAGAGGGCUUUAUGCAGGUUUUUACCCUGCUGUUCUUGGAUCAACUAUUUCAUGGAGCUUAUAUUUUUACAUUUAUAGCAAAGCAAAGCAAAGAUACAUGAAAGACAGGAAGGAGCCAAGCCCCGGUCUUCAUCUUGCUUCAGCUUCUGAAGCAGGAGCUUUGGUAUGCUUUUGCACCAAUCCUCUUUGGGUUGUAAAGACAAGAUUGCAACUGCAGACUCCUCAGCAUCAUAUUCGUCCUUAUUCUGGCUUUCAUGAUGCUUUAAUAACCAUAAUGAAAGAAGAAGGUUGGAAGGCACUUUACAAGGGAAUUGGACCAGGUCUCUUUCUGCAGGUAACUCAUGGUGCUAUCCAGUUCACUGCAUAUGAGGAACUUCGUAAGGCUGUGGUACGAUGGAGGUCUGAAGGAAAUGAAAGAACAGUUGGGGCUUCUGAUGAGAUGUUGAAUUCAAUUGAUUAUGCAACAAUGGGAGCCUCUUCUAAACUAGCUGCUCUUCUUUUGACAUACCCACUUCAGGUCAUAAGGUCCCGUCUUCAGCAACGACCUAGUACUGCUGGAAUACCUAGAUAUGUAGAUAGCUGGCAUGUGAUGAAGGAAACAAUACGGUUUGAGGGACUGCGUGGUUUCUACCGAGGCAUCACUGCAAGCGUGCUUAAAAACGUCCCUGCUGCAUCAGUUACUUUCAUUGUUUAUGAAAAUAUUCUUAAUAUGUUGAAAUUAGCAAAGAGAGACCAUUAAGCUUGUUACUCUUUGGGUACCCUGCACUUUUUUUUCAGGACUAAACUCUAUAGGAAAGCAACCUUAAUGUAUAAACUAGAUGCGGUUUUAAAAUUUUUAAGUGGUGAGUAAAGAGAAAACUGCAAUUUUUGUAAUAUCUUAAAUUCUUAACUAUG